GGAAAGAAUUAAUAAGAAGAAAACAAUUAAAAUAUAGAAAGGUAAGGAGCUAUCAUCAUCCAGCAAAUACAACUUUCCUUUCAAAUAUGUUUUCAUUACUGCUAAAUUGACUCACUUCUUAAGCCCUACAGGUAAUACAAGAAAAGUAAGACAAUUCAUGUAUUCAUACAGAUCUGAACAUGAGGCUCACAAACAAGAAAAAAAAAAUGACAGCAAUCAAAAGUGGUUUCAUCCCAUGUGAAGUCCCAGAUGUAGAAUCUACGAGCUUAGGGGACAGAGAAACAACACAAGCAGUAAGAGGUCCGCGUGAAAAGGGAUCCCUGUGGGUUCAAGAAAUCGAGGCCCUUUGGAAGUAACAGCGAAACAAGGAUUUGACAGGAGCGCCAGUAAACACCAACCAUUACCCCAAACUGUGACCCCAUCAGCGAAGCCAGGAAGACAAAAGUAAGCAAAGGCAUAGAGAGUUUUCCAGCCUCGCGGAGGUGGGGCAGUUCGUCUGGUGAACUAGUGGGAGCCGAGGGUGAAAAGACGGUUUGGGCCACAUCUUGGCCGGCCUCAUCUGAAGGGCAGCCGGACAUCACGGACAGAUUUUGUUCAGGGGAGAGAGGAUUAAGGCAACGUUUGUGGAAGCACCAUCAAAAGCAGAGGCUGAUGGAUGACAAACAGGACAGAGGGAAAAAUAAUGCAGGGCUUUUCCUCUUGACUAGGACUUUGAGGGUAUAGACGCCUGCCCUCAGCUGGAAGCAGAGCGGCUGGGAAGGGAGGUGUAGACGGGAAAGACAGACUUGAGGCGUGACAAGUCCCCCACGCGCACGGCCCUCCGAGGCGCAUAGUGCGAUGGCAGCGCUGGCCGGUGCGCGGACCCAUGCAAGUUGGGCCUGUCCCCCAGAGCAGCUAAAUCAGCCCAGUGCAGGGCAGGGGACCCCCAGAGCAAACCGAUGCGUCUGGUCCCCGCUCCCCGGCUCCUUCCGCUGAAGUCGAGCCGCAGAUGGAAAAGUUUGGGGAGUAGUCCCCGGCUAGCCAGGAGGGCAUUUUUUCAUUCCUCAAGCGUCCAGGUGUUCAGAAAGGGAGGGUGACAUCCGGACCGUCUCUGCCACUCCUCCCCCGGGGCCUAUUGUGACACUGGCCUCCUCGGACCUCGCCCCGGGGCCGUGGCCCCUCCUCCCCGAACUAUAAAGGUCGCAGCGCCGGGCCGCGGAGCUCACUCGCCGGACACACCGGGCGUCACGGGGACGCGGCCGUCAGGUGGCCGAUCCGGGCUCUCAGCCGCGCUCCAGCCGCCGCGCCGCAGCCCGCGGGUCCCGCCCCCGCCGUGCGCUCCAGCCGUCCUCCGCCCCGCAGCCCGCGCCCCCGCGCCGCUCGCCGCUCGCCGCUCGCCGCGGGAAGGAGGAUGGAGCCGCGCCGCGCCCCCCGCGUCCCCGCGCUGCUGCUGUGCCUGGGUCUCCAUCUUCUCCAAGCAGUUCUGGGCACCACGGUGAUUCCUUCCUGCAUCCCGGGAGAAUCUGAAGAUAACUGCACAGCAUUAGUUCAUGUAGAAGACAACCCACGUAUGGCUCAAGUGUCAAUAACUAAGUGUGACUCCGACAUGAACGGCUACUGUUUGCAUGGACAGUGCAUCUACCUGGUGGACAUGGGUCAGAAUUACUGCAGGUGUGAAGUGGGGUACACUGGUGUCCGAUGCGAGCACUUCUUUUUAACCGUCCAAAAGCCCUUGAGCAAAGAAUACGUGGUGUUGACUGUGAUUCUCAUUAUCUUGUUUCUUGUCAUAGUCGCUGGUUCCAUCUACUACUUCUGCAGAUGGUACAGAAAUCGGAAAAGUAAAGAACCCAAGAAAGAAUACGAAAGGGUGACUUCAAGGGAUCCAGCAUUGUCACAAGUCUGAAUGAGGCCAUUAAGCUAGGGACAAAGAGUCACAGCAUGGCUAGUAAUGUUACUAUUCCUAUUUUAUUAAUAAUAUUUAUGUUGGAUCACAUGUUAAGUCGACAAUGAUGCAUUUUUAAUAUACUUGUAUUUUUUUAUUUUUGUUUUAUUUUUGACAGACUAUUUGCUAAUAUAUAAUGUAUAAGAAAUAUAUAAUAUAGAAAAAAAGUCAAUAUUUUUGUAAGAAAUAAUUUCCUGGACUAAAUGCUUUAGCUCCAAAGCUAGUUGCUGGCUGCACAAUGUCUCAGAGAGAAUGAUGUCUAGCUUGUAGCUCAGGAAGUGUCACAGAUGACAGAUUUAUGUUAAGCCUAAAUAUAUGGUCAAAUCAACUCAAUAAGUGUAUUUUCCUCCUCCUCCAGUUAACAAUGAUUGGUUUGACUGUACUGUAGUUCGAUGUAUAACUUGGUGCACGGUAUUAUGUAUUAAAACACUAAUGUGAUGGGAAUUGGGGAGAAGCCAGUCUAGAUCUGGGCUAAAGGCUACAUACUGGGGACAACCUAAACUGGGAAGGACUGCAUCCCACCCACAUCCUCCACUGUGGCUGUGUUUAGUGCUCUGGAAGGCAGGUGGGCAGCUCCUUAUUCCACCUCACAGCUCCUGAGGACACUAGUCACCCACCUCCAGCGUCUCCUUGCAUUAAAUGAAUUGACAACUUCAUUUCAUACCAUCUUUCAUGUAAAUAGUAGGCAUUUUAUAGCUUUUCUUUUCAGUACAUUUAUGUGAGGUAACUCACUCAUGAGACAAUUAAAAAAAAUCCACACUUGGAGCCCACAUUUGGGCUUCUUUUCAAGAGUACCUCUUUUCGUAGGGACUUUGACUAAGAAUCCUAAGAUUAAAUCAUAGUCCAAAGUUUGAGGGACUAAUCAUCAUUUUAUAGCAUAAGACAAGAAUUCUAUCUAUUGUCCAAAGAUGGAAAUACAGUUAUUUCAUCUUCUAUGAAAGAGUUUUAACUUAAAAUAAUGCAGUUAGGUAGCUCCUUCUACAACUUAAAAUUACAUGUUUAAAAUAAUCUCCUGAUGUAGGAAAUGGAAGAAAUAGAUCACAGUGUAUUUUCCCAAAUGAACAAAUUCAUUUGAAAACUUGUAAAAUUUAGAGACUUAACCUAAAUGCCUUCUUUUGGAGACUUGAGAUGAAACCAGGACCCGGUCUUCUGUCUUUUGUUUAUUCUGGGGGGAAGAGAAAAAGGUUUCUCUUGUGCUUGAGCCCAUGGUCUCGGUGAGUUAAGAAGGAUACUUGGGGCAACCACAUAAGGAACCGCAGUUGCCAACAGCUCCCCAUCUCAGACUGAAUACCAGACCCGGGGGUAUAGUCUCUCAGCAUCACACACCUUCUUAAGGAGGGUCUAUCCUUUUCCCACCUUUUUUCCUGGCAAGUGCUAGGGCAACAAAGAGACAAUAAAUCAUGGCUGACUUCUGAAUUGCCAGGUGCCAGGAUUUGUCUCCAUAUGGAUCCCUUCAUUGGUGCCCUGGUUUUUUUGUACGACUCUUUCCCAAAGUGUUGUAUCUGGUCCCUUACCUUUAGGGGAAGAACGUGUGUGUGUGUAUGUGUGUGUGUAAAAUAUACAUAUAUAAAAUACAUAUAAAAUACACAAAUUCAUAUACAAAUACACAUGUACUCAUGAGCCUGAUCAUAGAAUUAUAGUCAUUUGUAGCUCUUUCAAAAAUAUAUGAAACUUAAAAACAACCUAAAGAAAAAUAAAAUGAAAUCCAGUGAGAUCUAAAAGGAUAUUUCUGGCUCCCAUUUAAUACAGCUGAAGUCAAAUGUGCUGUGUAAGAACACAUUUUAGGUCCUACACAUCCUUACUGACACCUACUAGAUGUAAACGGAGUCUUCCUAUUGUAAGUGAGCUUGAUGGUGUCAAAGCAAAUUGACUUACCGAGAAAUCAACAGCAAUUCACAUAUUUUAUUUACAAAAAGGGAGUUAUAUUGGUCUGUCCUAAACAUAUCAACUCAUAUUAUGUAUGUAACUAAUUGUAAAUAGUUUGUGGUGUUUCUAAUCUUAAGGAUGCUCAAGAAACUAGCCCCUGUAAGAUCUAAAUCUUCAUUUAUAAAUGGAUAUUAAAUAAUAAAGAGAUAUGACCUAGACUGUGUUCUGUGGGUGAAAAUAGGUCAGAAAUAAUUGUUUUAAUGAGGAUAAUGCUGAGCACACCUAGCAGAUGGUUGCCGUCAGCUCACAUUUCCUACAAACAACGGAAAGAGUUGGGUUCAUAUCUAUCUUCCUUAUUUUACAGAUUUCUAACUAUAUAUAUUUCUAGAAGAGGCUAUAUUUACCCAAUGUACUGAGAACAAAUGCUGCCAGGGAUUGUCAAUUUUUAUAUUGGAAAUACACGUACUAGUUUCUAAUUUCUGUUGAAGUCAGUAAUCUCAUUUUGAAAAGCUCAUGUCUGAUCCGCAUUGUCAUUUUUGCUCCAGUAUCCACCUUGUGGACUUUGGAGGGAAAAAAAUGUGUUUAACUUGCUGCCCAAUAUUUUCUGAUUUUUUUCUACUCUUACUCAUAUGGGAGAAAGGGAGUAACAACUUGCAAAGCAAUGUACCUUUUUAAUGUUUUAGCAAAAAGUAAUUUUGUCUAAAACAUGUCUGUUAUUCACACUGGAUGACACUAACUGUAAGAUAGUAUAUUUUUCUCUUUGCUGUUUUUGCACUCUGUAAUUGCACUUUUUAAGUUUCAAGAGCCAUUUUGGUAUACAGUUUAUAUUGAAGAUGCUAUGGAACAUAAAGUAUUGGAUACAGUUUAAACUAACUUAUUUGACAAUGGAUUUUAUCAGAGUACUGAAUUGUAUCAAUUUGUUUGUGUUCAAUAUCAACUUUGAUAAUUGUGUACCUUAAGAUAUUGAAGGAGAAUAUAAUACUUUACAAGAUGUUGUUAAUGUUUAUUUAUUUUUGUUGGGAACUGGAAAAAAACACAACUAAGAAAUAAAAAUGCAUUAUGUAUCGUGCGUUAAAGAGUUUCACCGGUAAA